UUCACCUGAACAAUAACCUAUGUUAACAGAGACGGCAGAUGUUGAUUAGAAAAUCAAUGGCAUUAUAACAGUUCUAAAUGUCAUUUGAUCGGUACAUGCAAGGUUUGCCAACAUAUUGGUAUUUCGCCAACUUAACAUGGCGUCCGUUAGUAAGUGGUUGUAAAGUCAGUUCCCUUGAAAUGUUGCUGUUAUAUUCGAAAACUGUGCAUACCCGCCAGGAGACAAAAUACCAUCAUCUCAUUUGUUAAUAGAAUGACAGCUGCAGUAAUGGCCAAUGGCAACUGGGAUCCAGCUCUGUCACGGCUGCUGGUGUCCUUGGAGGAAGCGCGGCAGGCGCUGCCCAGCUCGGAGGAGGAGUUCGGCUUCCUCAGCGACCUGCUGCAGUCGCGGGAGCUUCACGCGCUCGUCAAGGUGCACAACAAGAUCGUCAGCAAGGACGACCGCUUCUACCCCACCCUCUCCAACUCCAUGCAGAUAGCACUGGAGGUGCUGGACGUGGUGGCACCCCGCGCACCGCUGCGCGACGAGUGUCGCGAGCUGUUCCAGCUGCUGCAGCGUCCCCAUCUCCAGGGUUUGUUGUGCGCCCACGAUGCAGUUGCACAGAAGGAUUACUUCCCGAGGUUGCCAGAGAUCCCUCUGGAAGUGGACGAGGAUGAGGAAACUAUCAAAAUAGUUCAACUGGUGAAGAGCAAUGAGCCGUUGAGUGGCGCUCAGAGUGUUGAGCCAAUCGUGGGUGCGACCAUAAAGACAGAUGAGGACACGGGUAAGAUUGUGAUUGCGCGGAUCAUGCACGGAGGGGCCGCGGACCGCUCGGGCCUGAUCCAUGUUGGGGAUGAGGUGUGUGAGGUGAACGGCAUCAACGUGGAAGGCAAGACACCCAAUGAUGUCCUCAAGAUCUUGCAAAACUCGGAGGGGACCAUCACCUUCAAGCUGGUGCCUGCGGACAGCAAGGGCGGUGGUCGAGAGAGCAAAGUGAGGGUUCGAGCGCACUUUAACUACAUUUCUAGUACGGAUCCGUACAUCCCGUGCAAAGAAGCGGGGCUUGACUUCGUCCGUGGAGACAUCCUGCACAUAGUCAGCCAGGAUGACGCUUACUGGUGGCAGGCGCGGCGGGAAGGAGACCGCAACAUGCGGGCCGGACUCAUCCCGAGCCGCGCGCUUCAGGAGCGACGGAUACUGCACGAGCGCACCCAGCAGGAGAAGCCUGAGGAGGGGCCGGGCGGCGUGUGGUCGCUGGGCCUCCACCUGCUGCCGUCUAACUUCCCCGUAGGUUUGUGCUCUGUUUCAGCCCUCCCCGGCUGCCAGUCCCCUAAGUCCCCUAGCUGUGCCUCUAAACCUAAAACUAAAAAGAUUAUGUAUGACACAGCGGAGAACGACGACUUUGACCGCGAGGAGGUGGCCACCUACGAGGAAGUGGCGAAGCUGUACCCGCGGCCGGGCCUUCACCGUCCCCUGGUUCUCAUUGGCCCGCCGGGCGUGGGCCGCAACGAGCUCAAGAGAAGGCUCGUUGCUACUGACCCCGACAAGUACAAGACUCCCACCCCUUACACGUCUCGACCACCGCGGCAGGGCGAGGUGAACGGCAAGGACUACUUCUUCGUGUCACGGGAGAAGAUGGAGGAGGAUGUGGAGGCGGGCAAGUUCAUAGAGUUUGGGGAGUACAAGGGCAACCUGUAUGGCACAUCGGCGGAGAGCGUCAAGUCCCUGGUGAGCGCCGGCUACGUCUGCAUCCUCAGCCCGCACUACCAGGCACUGAAAAUGUUGCGAACACCCCAAUUGAAGCCGUACAUAGUGUGCAUUAAGCCCCCCUCCUUUGAGGUACUGAAGGAGACACGCAAUGCUGCCUAUGCGCGGUCUACAUUUGACGAGGCCAAUUCACGUGGCUUCACGGAUGAAGAGUUCCACGAGAUGACGCAUCGUGGGGAGCGCAUAGAGUUCCUGUACGGCCAUCUGUUUGAUGAGGUGAUAGAGAAUGCGGACUUGUCAACAGCGUUUGAGCAGCUGGUUCAGGCGAUGAAGCGAGUUGAGACGGAGCCUCUGUGGGUCCCGGCCUCCUGGGUGCAGUGACCUGUCCCUGUGGAUGGAAGCCCUUAUAUUAUUAGCAUUCAACUAUGAUGAUUGAACCAUAAAGGGUAGUAGGAAAAUGCAUCCUCAGACAGUGGGUACUUGUUAUAACUGCACAGAAGCUGUACCUACCCUCAUCUUGUUACCACCAGUCUCAGAUAGCAUGUUGAGAUGAAAUGGUCAAAGGAAGCCCGCUAAUGAUUUGUUGCUGUGCAAAAUGAGAGACCCUCUUUUGUGUGUUUGUGUGUGUCUAAACCUGUGAUGAAAACAAGAGCCUUUUUCUAUUAACAUCAUCUAGUUUUAGUAAGUGGACUACAUUUAUGUUGACAGUUCCUAGUCCAUGUGAACUAACAUUUAUACGCUUUUGGACGAUUCUGAAAUUAUUGCCAUUAUGUGGGUUUUCUUGCAUAUGUGGACUUUUUUUUUCUCAAAUCUUGCAUGUUCAAUGUACCUUUAAUGGGUGAACUUGUGUGUGUCUCCAUGUUUUCACAGAAAAAAUUUUUUAUUGGGAUCAAGAUUGUCAUCUCUUCCACAACCAUUACGUCUCAAGCUGCAUGUUGUUGCCACAGCUUGUGUAGCAAUUAGUAUCUCUCUGUGGUUGCAAGCUAAGACCAAAUCACUGCCAAGGCUUCCCGUUAAGUUAGAAUGAGUGAGGGUAAAUAAAUGAGUAUUAAUACAGUUUUGUUUUCUUCUUGCCGAUGUUUUUAACUAAAGUGGAUACAAAUAUCUGCCAAAAAUGCUGUUGUGGUUGGCUUCACAACAGAAUAGAAGACGUUAAUAACUGUUUUGUGUUAUGAUUAUGAUAGUAGAUAGUGUUUUAUGUUUGCGAGUUAUCCCUCUUCCCCUUCUUAUUCCUCUAUUCAGGCUCUUCCCUCCCUUCCCCCCCCCCCCCCCACCACCAAAAAAAAAAGUAAAAAAAAGACAGAAUGAGAGACAGUGAGAGAGAGAGAGAGAGAGAGAGAGAGAGAGAGAGGGAGACAGACAGAGAGACAGUUCGCCUUUUCUUGCAUUAGUCUUUAGUCAAAUGUAGUGUUAGGUGAUUAAUUGGAGAAUUAUUUUAUUUUAAAGUGGAAUAAGAUGGUGUGUAAUCUGUUAACCACAAUUUUGUUUGAUGGAGUUGCCCACACACAAGUGACUUGACUUUUCAUUCUUACCUGAAAUAAAGAGUUUUUUUUUUAAUUGUGACUUGUGAGCUUUGUAGCUAUAAAAAAAAAAUUUUCUGCCUUAUGUCAUUGUGUGUUCAUUUCACAAACUUGGAAAGAUUGUUAUUAUAGUUUAAAUUCUAUCUAGUAUCCAAUUAUGUAAAUUAUAAUUCAAAGUAAGAUGGAAAGGCUUAUUACUGUAUAUUUGUUGCAGCCAUUGCUCUUUUGAAUUGUGAAUUGAUGAUGAAUGAAUAUCAAUGGGAAAAUGUUGGUGAAAUUUUAAUUUAAUGUAAAUUUAAUAAAGGCAUUUUCUUAUAAUUGGUUGAUUCUCAGCUAGAGCUGUACAGAUUCAUAUAAUUUGGCUGUUAUGCUGAUACGCCAAUAUACCUAUUUAACUGUUUCCGAUUCAUUGAUUCUGAAUCGAUACGGGAGAAAUCACAUUUUGGUUAAAACAUUUUUUAAAAUUUGUCAAAUUACCCAUAAUGUUUCAUUCUUAGAAAAACAUUAUGUGCAAAUGCACAUGUAUUUUAGUUUUAGUAAGCAAAUGUUUGUUAAAAUGAUAACCAAGAAUAAUUUAAUGGGAUUUCUUUUUUUAAACCAGCAGUAAUAUAAAUAUACAAAACUGAGUGCUUGCCUGAAGUUUCCUGUCAUUUAACAUUUUGCAAUAAAAUAUUGCAACACAAAUUUACAUAGCCAUACAUUGUUUCACUAUAGAAAACGUUUAGCCAAACUAGCACCUAUUACAGAACUUCUAAAUUCUUAUUUAAAAAAAAACAUUAUUAAUUUUUCAAUGAAUGUCUUUUAAUGCCAUAUAAAUUUCUCAUGUGCUGAUAAGUUUCUCAUGUGUAAAACUAGUAGCAGGUACACACAGGUACUUUGCAGCAGAAAGACAUAAUUUCUGUUGUACAGAAAUUACUUAUUUAUUUGCUUCAACUUCUGUAAAACUUAUAUCCGUAACUGCAUAAUUUGUUAAGUCUAGUCAACAAAGCAAAUAUAUAUAUAUAUAUAUAUAUAUAUAUAUAUAUAUAUAUAUAUAUUAAAAAGCUUGUUGCUGACCCAUUAGUUGCUUAAUAAAACAUAAGUUUACAAAUGGAGGCUGAAUAAUUUUUUAUAAUUUUAAUAUGUAACUAUAAAAAAAAUGUUAUAAUUUAAUAAUAGUUAACUAUGAAAUAUAUUGAUUCAAAAAUAGGAAGUUUAAAAGAGAAUUUAAAAUGUGCAAGAUUGCUAGACUUUGUACAUGUUUACUAUUCAAAAUUGGCAAUUCAAGUAAUACCAAAUUAACGUGUGUGGUUGCAAAAAUUCACUACCAAACAUUUAUAUGGCAAUGUGUUUCAUCUGGUUACUUUGCACGAGAAACCGUAGAAAUAAUUACAUUUUGUGAAGCCUUAUAUUAUUUAAUAUUUUUUCAAAAUUCAAUUUUGAAAACUUGAUGUAUUUAAUUUAAAAAUGUCACCGUCAUGAUAUUUUGAACAUUUCUUUGUAUUUCAAGUACAUAGUUCGUAUUUUCCUAUGUUUGUGGUGGCAGUCAUGCUCUAAAUAAAGUUUUUGUUCCUAACUAACUUUACCAUGGUGAUAUAUUUAUUUACAAUAUAUUAAAUACAAAAACUUUAUUAAAACAAUGAUGUUUAAAUUUGGUUUCUAAGGCUCGCACAUGAAGCUAAGAAAUAAUGUGAGUUCAAAAUAUGUAGUACUACGAAAUGUGAAAAGGGUACUCAUGGAUUUUUAGUCAUGGCAGACACUUUUAUUUUUAAAUACUAAUAUUGUCUGAAAAUUAACAAGCAUAAUUUGAAUCAGCAGAAAUGCAGAUUUAAUUAAAACUCGUAAAAAUCAGUUUUGGUUGAUCCGUAUCAGCACAUCUCUAUUCUCAGUAAUGUUUUUCUUUAUGGCUUAAAAAAAACUAAAUUUACCUGGCACUUGGUUCUGAUAAAGUUCUGAAGAUUCAGGAGAAAAAGGCAAAUUUAAAAUGUGAAUUUGCUAAGCUGGCAGCUUGUAACUGCAUCAAUAUUGAAAAAUCUUCCUCAUACUUAUUAAAUAUAAAUUGUCACAAAUCAAACUUGCACACUUGUAAAAUUGUAAUUUACAAAAUCUUGAAAGAUGUUUUGGUAAGACUGCUUUUGCUUUCUUAGCUGCUAGAAACUGUUUUAUUAUUGUAUUUACCUUUUUUUUUUUUUCUUUAAUUCUGAAAGAUCUGAAAUUUAGUUUUAAGUUAAGUGUCGAGGCACAGAAAUUAGGAUGCAGUAAAGUAAGCUCUUUCUUGACUUGCACAUCUUAUGUCUCAGAGCAUCUGAUGAACAUACAAUCUAUAGUUGACAGCUGACAUCAGUUAUGCUGUACAUUCAGUGCUUUCAGGUGGUGACAAAAAAGUAACAUUACUUUAAGUAUGCUGCCCGCUGGGCCAGCAAACAUAACUUAGAGCUUCAGGUGUUGAUUCACGAUUGACAGGCUGCUCAAGAUUUAUUGAAGGUGUUUCAUUACAACUAGAGAUUAAGAGCCAUUUCACUUACCUAUACAAGUUUUGUUUUAUUGUUUUGAUUUUAAUGUUUUUUUUUGGACAAAAUGAACUAAAAUGUUUCAGUUUUGUGAGUUUGUGACUACUUGAAAAUUGCGUUGGGUACAUAAAUAAAUUAAGAAUUUAAUUGACAUAAAUUGUUGCAUCUCUACGAAACACAUAAUAGCUUUUCUAUACUUCUAUAUUUUCAUUGAAAUUGGGAACAGAUGGCAAUGGCAGCCCCAGUGGAUUUUCUUGGAUUUGUCAUUACAUUAAUAGGUAGGUGAAUAUGUGUAGUACCUAUAUUUGAUAUUAUACCUGUGUCUAUCUCUUCGAGAAACAAAUAGGUACAGAAAGGUUGGAAGCAUAAGAAAAGUCAUAAUUAGUUGUUUAUAAGCAUAUUUUGCAAAGUUGUUUGCAAAAGAUCAACCUUUUUAAAAAUUUUAUCUUUCUUUACUUCCUUUUAGUCUGGGUUUUUAAAAAAAUUUAUUUAAUUUUUGAUUACAAUGUUUACAUCUGUCGUGGGUUUUUUCAAAAUUUUUAAUUUUGCUGUUUAUUAUUGAUUCUGUUUAUUAAUAAAGAUAGCAUAUUAUUGAACAUAUAAGCUAUAUAAAUGUUUUAUGUUACUUAUUUCACCAAAACAGUGUUAUUUUGACUGGUAGAUGAUGCACUCGGAAUAAUAAAUAAAUAUAUAUAUUUUUUUAAUAUGUACCAACAUGAUUAUGUAAAAAUAUGUUGCUAAUAACAGUUGUACAAUCAAAAGAGUAAAACAUUUUUCCAAUCUACUUAGUACAUUUAUCUUUAUAAAAUUUUCAUGCUAAAAAAUUACAUUCACUGAAUUUAAUAUAUUAUUACUACAGGGUGGCCACUCUUCUGGGAUAAUAAAAUUCCUGGUUUUUUCCAGGUUUUUUCAAGGGUGGUUUUUUAUCAAUACAUAUUUGCAUACAAUUCACAUUUUUGUUACACACAGCACGCCCAAUAUGAUGUUUUAUUGGCGUUAAACAAUAGACAACUUAAUUAUAGGUUUAAAAAUUAAAUCAAUGAACUUGCUUAAAACAAAACCUACCACAAAAAAAAUUAUAAUCUUCACGUCACCAAAAUUAAACAACAGUACUGUAUAGCCUAGGUAUUACAAUUAAUUAGAUAAUGAGUAGCCCUAUAUAUAACACAACCAUUAAAACAAUUUAAUAUUUGCCGAACUCAACAUAUUUACACAAAAUAUGCAUACCUUUUACUGUUUUUUCAUUGCAAUUUCCACUUCAAUUAAUGCAGCCAUAUUUGCUGCAUCAGCAAGUAGUUUGGCCUUUUUUGCCUCCAGUUCCUUGAUCUCCAAAACCUUUUGUUUCUUGAUUUGAGCAUUGGUAAUUUCUUCUUGCGUUCUUUUUUUCUUCAGUUCUAAAUGUUCUUUGUAUCUUGAAUGAGCAUUUUUACAAGAAUGGAUAAGACUUUUAUGUAUCAGAAGAUUAUUUAUACUGCCCAGAACUGACACAUAGUCAUACACUUGUCGCAAAGCUAUUAAGCUUUCUUCAAGCUGAUUUUCUACAACACAAUCAGCAUUAAUUGAAAAGCCCCUCUCUACAGAUGCAUUACCGUGAGAUAAGAUAAGCACAAUUUUUACAAGUGACAUAAAAUUUGGAAAGAGCUCACUCAAUCCAACUGCUGUCAUCCAGAAAUGGUCCAAACGUGAAUUACUUCUUGUGUAUGAUUUAACACAUUCUUGAAUUUUUGGCAAAUUACAGAUUUUUUGGAAGUCACUUUUUUACUUUCUCUGCAAAUAAUCCACUGAUCCAUCCUUUUUCAACAAGUGUUUCAAGAAGGUUGACCAUUCUCUGUUGUGCCAAUGCACUACUACUAGCAAUGACGAGUGGAUCCAGACAGGUUACAGACUUAGCUAAUUUGUAUGCCAGAGGUGACUUUAAGAGAAUCUUGAUAGCAAAGUGUUUGUAAAAUUUUGCACAAUCUUGUUUGAAGAGAAGUAAGUCUAUGUCUUUCACAUGAGAUUUCAAUUUCCUUAAAGCAUCUCUUGUAGCAAAACCCAAAUCAAUAUUCAUUGCAGGGAUAAGGGUUUCACUGGUUGACAAAUCAAUCUUUGAAAGCCCUUUCUUCUUAAGCACAUCUUCUUUUACAAAUCUUUCCAUGAUUGAUUUUAACAUUGAAUGGAGAGCACUGUGAAGGAAAGGAACCAAUGGAACAUCACUUUGGAAUUCCUUUAAAAAGGGUUCCACUUCAGUAGCCAUAGCACUGAAGAAAGCCAGCUUUGGCCCUAAUAAUUUGUCUUGUAAUAACUCUGAUACAAUUUUGAAACUUUCACAAUUAGGGACUUUUUUCUCUUUGGUUAUCCCAUCAACAUAUGUAACCAAAUCUGGUAGUAUUUCCUGAGCUCUGGAAGCGACUUUAACAUUUUCCACCCACCUAACCGCACAAAAUUUCAAGGGGAAUCUAUUUGACUUUGAGUACCAAAUGAAAUCUCCUCUUCUGGAAGGAGAGUUUUUGAACAAAUUGUAUAGAGCACGCAAAAACUGUACUAGCUUCCAGCCAGUUGCAGCAAAUCCAACCCUAAAUGCAUUAUGUAAUGUAUGCAGGCCACAUGUACCCAAAUUAAGUAAAUGUGGUGCAUCUGCACUCCCAUCAUGCAAAGCAGCUUCAAGAUCUCUAACAACUUUUAAGUUAACAUUAGGACCAUCCAUCGAAAUUUGUAUCGUUUUUUUAAGAAGCUGAGAUCCCACUAAUUCCUGAAGAGAAUUCAACAGAUCACUGGCACAUGUACGAUUCAGGAAUGCAGAAGUUAAGUAUCUGCUAGUAACCUCAGAUUUAGUUUCAUUCCAAAAUUCCACAUGAAUAUCCAUCUGCUGCCUUUGAGAAACUUUAUUUAAACUCUCGUCAAAUGCAAUAACUAUGUGGUCACAUACUUCGAGGGAGUUCGUAUGUUUAUCUCUGAAAUAUGGUGCAAUACCAUGAAUGAUUGUAUAAGCUAAUUUAGUUCUUUGCAUCUGCAUUUUACUGGCAACACUACUGUCAGGAAACAUGAGGGGCAGUGAUGAUGCCAGAGAUACAGCACUACGAAAUGAUAAGUGAUUCAUUACAGUUGCUAUACACCAUACAAUUUUCGCUUUUGCCGCAUCUUCAUUAAGCAAAUAUUUUGUCAUACCUGAAACUUCUGGAUUUGAUUGUGACGCAUCUGAUGUACUUGGACAUGGCACAGACGAACUACCUGCUGUUGUAGAAAUCACAUGUGUUUCUCUUUUCUUCACAAAAUAAUCCAGUGGAAAAUUAUUUUUCUUACUUGACAUGAAACGCACGUGUUUUGCCCCUCUUGCGUGGCUGGCUAAUGCUGUUCUUCCCAUGCUACCAAUAUUGAUUUUAACAUUACACAAAUUGCAAAUGGCGUUUGUCCUGCACUUUGGAUCUUUCUCCACCCAUUCAAACUCUUCCGUAUAUUUGUCAUUGUAUGUGGUGACCGAACUCUUUGACAUUUUGAUAGUCUGUGCAAAUUACAUGUUAGAUUAAAAAAUUCAAAACAACGUCCCGCACAACUAAACUUUUAAAAAACUCGAGAAAAGUAUCCGUGAUACCGUGACGCAACAACAUGAGCGCAUAGAAAAAAAAAAAAAUAUAUAUAUAUAUAUACACACACACACACACACACACACACACACACACACACACACACAAAACUAGUGCUACCAACAUGCCGUGCGAGAAAUUACUACCACCCUAAAACAACAUUUUCAGCCAAAAUGCUGUUGCUUUUGAAUACAGAAACAUAAUAAGUAUGGAAGUCUGAAUUGUUAACGUUUUCUUACGUACUACAAAAGUUUUUAAAUGCAAUAUGAACAAAUUAACUUUCACAAAAUAUAGCACACGAGCAUACUGUCGUGCUUCGACGGGUGGUCAACGUGCUCACGUCCAAGUUUCUCCAUAAUAGGCUUUUAACGGGAAGCCUAAGAUGUACAUCAAGUUCUGUUCCUGCCCGAACACGACCGAAUAUUCACUUUCGGCCAACCUCGGGUUUAUUGAUAUAUAUUUAUAUUUCUAACAACCGUAUGUUAUUGCGAUCGUUACUUCAUAAAAAAAAUUCCUGGUUGAUUCCAGGUAUUCUUUUUUUAAGAAAUCCUGGCUAUUUCCCGCAUUUCCCGAUUUCCCGGUUGGCUGGCCACCCUGUUACAGUUUUGUGAUUUGAGUGAAGUUUUGAUAAAAAAAAAUGCUGAUUAAUUUCAUGGUAGUGAUAGCAUUUCCGUGCUAUAUGGUGUAGUAACUUACAUUUCUGUGGAAUAUUGUGCAUUGACAUGCUUUUCGGCAUUAUUUCGGUUUUAUUACAAGUCACCAUAUAAGCUUUCCCUUAUUUAUUAAUUAUCAUUGCAAUUUUUUCUCAUGCUCUUAAUAAGUACCUUAAUACUAUCAAAGAAACUCACGAUUCCUUGCUAUGAAAUACACAGCCAGUAUGGCAAUAUGUGGCCAGUAAUAUGAGGUUUGACUCUUCUACACACUAGUAUAUUGAGAGUAUGAAAGCAGCAAUCUUGCAUUUUUUUUUGUCUUAUAUCGUAAUUAAAAAUCUCUUUUUUUGGUUGAUGAUAUUGUACAAUAAUUAUUCAUUAAUUUUUAUGUUGCAUGAAGAAAAAUAUAUAGAUUGAAUAAAAGUUAUUAAAUUGGCAUUAGUGCCUUCACCAACAUUUGCCAUUGGCUCAAGUACAUAAAAAAAAAGACCACGAGAGUUCGAGAAGAAUGUUGGAUAAGUGUUUAUAUAUAUAUAGUUGUAAAAUUAAAGAAUUUAAAUUAACUUUUCUUUGUUGUGGGGCACCAAUAAUUUGUAACAUUAACAAAAUGUCAUCCACGUUAGCCUUAGGAAAGUCUGGAACUGCCGUUGUAAAAGUAACCCCAUAAAGAAGUGUUAAAGUAUUCAUUGCCAAGAUUGUUUAGAGAUUUUUUUAUUUAGCCCUUAUAAACCAAAUACUAUUGUAGCUUCUGCAGAUUAAAAGUCUGCAGGAUUUUUUUUUUUUGUUUUUUUACAUUUAUGUUUCUAUGAAUUUUUGUUCCUUAUUUAUGAAUGUAUAAUUUUUAUAGAAUUUUUAUAUUUUACAUUUUGGGAUGUGUGUAAACCAAAAUAUAUCCUAUCACAUUACUAUAUUGUUUUUCUUUCGUAUGAAUAUUUUCUUUUAACUAUUUCCACUUUAUUUACUUAUUAUUUAUGUAUAUUUAUAGCAUUUAAAAAAAGUGAGUUUCUUUAAUUUAGUAUUUCAAAAGGUUUUUGCUUGUUCAUUUUGUAAAAAUAACUAUAGGAAACACAUUAAGCUUUAGAUAUCAAAAUUUUUUUCUGCCAAAUAUUUUGUGCAACUACUGUUUGUGUACUGAUUAAGUAUUUAAAUUUUUUGUCUUUAGUUUAUUGGAUGUGUGCAGGAAGCAGAGGAAGUGUUUGAUUUUUUUUUCCUUCACUGAGUGUUGGUAUUAUUCACUUUAUUUACAAAUAGCAUUGACAUGAUACAAUCGGUAGCAAAUGCUUAACCAGCAGAUCAUGGUCAACCAGGCACCAAUAAAAAAGUUCCAUGUGAGUUUCUACCUAAAGGAAAUCUAAAAGUAUGUACCAGUUUGGAUUAGAUAAGAUUGUGUUCUCGGUCUCAAAAUUUAAGGCUCUGAGUAUAAUUAUUCAUAAUUUGUUAUUUUUUUGCAGUUUUUUAUUAUUUUUGUAUUUACCGUGAGAUAAUAACUUGAGGUUAAACUUUGCAAUAAACAGCUAAAGAACAGCUGAAAAUAACUAACUAUUCUAGGAUAGUCAGUUAGUUGAUGUUAUUUUACUUGACUAUGCAAGCUAGCCUUAGAGCAGUGAUCUCAGUGUGGAUGUGUGUGUAUUUAUUUCAACAAAGUCUUCGUUCACAGUUAUUUAGUGUGCUUUAGUUUGAUGAGUUGACUGCUUGAAAAUUUGAGGGGAUUACUUUGUUAAACAUAUUCAUAGGUUAAUUUAUCAAUGAUAACACUGUCAAAUUUUAUUACAACGUAUGUUAGAGAUUUACAAAAAGUUACGUCUGUUUAAAACCAGAAGAGUAUGUGAAGCUUCAUUUACUACGUAACUUACCUUGGAUUAACUUCAUGGCAGAAAACUUAACCUCGGGGAGAAUUUUGAAUGUCUUUAUAAUGUAGGAUUGCCAAUUUAUAAAGAUAGGAGUCCCAAACAAUGAAUAUUGACCAAAUAGUUGAAAACAACAGUCUUUUUCCUUAAUGAUGAAUACUUAACGUUAAACUUUUACUUAAUGUAAAACAUGUUGUAGAGAUCUGAAGAUAAAUACUUAGAGCAAUGUAUGUAUAUUUUAUAAUGAGGUUCAACUAUAUACUGUACCUAUAUAAAAUGCUGGUUCGUAACAUUCAUAUCUCAUUUUCCUCUAAUUCAAUCCUUAAAUAUUGCUUCACAUCCACCCGUCCAAUCUGAAUGUAGAUCCCAAGAGUCAAUACAGAAACUAAAGUUUUGAAGAAGUAUUCAACCCUUUAGAUUUUAUUUUUAAAAAUUAACUUAAUCUUUAUUUAUUUUACUCAUAUUUUCUGCAGUGCAAUACAUUAAUUCUGAGAUCACUGUAGCUUGGGCAAACACAAACUUUUCUUUGAUAGUUUCAAAGGAAAAUAAUAUAGACCUAGUCAACUACAGAAGUUUUAGUGAUUGAAUUUAUGAAUUUUUUUCUUCCUUUUGUGUGUUUCUUCAAAUCUUUGUGCUAUUAGUGAGGACAAGAUGUUAUGGUUUUAUAUUUAUGUUCUUUUCGUUUAUAAAACAGGUGAUUUUGGUGCAUUGUUUUUAUUUUUUUAUGAACUCUGUUUAUUCUUAAAUAUAGCAUAUUAUUAAAUAAAACUUGACACUUACAGGUUUCAUAAUACCUAAUUCACCAAAAAUGUUUAUUGCAGCUUACACAUGGUGCUCUUUUACAAUAUAAUAAUUAGUAAUAAGCAUUUAUAACUAAUCGGAGCAAUUAAAUAAAUCUGCAAGUAAUUGUAUUUGGAGAAAGUACCAAUGUUGUAACAUAAAAAUGAGUUAAUUAUAAAAGUUAAAGAUAAAAAAAAUUUAAAAAAAACUUUAUUAUAUCAAUUUGGUACAACCGUUGUGCUAAAUAUGUUACAUUCCUAGAGUUAAAUUUAUUAAAAGAAAUCAGUUUUUGUGAUUUAGGUGGCAUUUCGGGCUUUUUGCUGUAUUAACUUGUAUUAAGAUGUAUUGACAUGCUUUUCUGUGUGAUUUCGGUUUUAUCGCAAUUCUCCACAUAAUCUUGUCCCUAGCUAAUAGACGGCAUUUGAGAGCUAUAUGAUUUGACUGGCCCCUUCUUGUAUAUACGUGGAUAUAAAAAGUUAAAGAAAACAUUUCCUCUAAACUGCAUGUUUUUGGACUAUUCUGAUUUCCUCGCAAUGUAAAUUGUCAUGAUUUAUAUGUUUUAGUGUAUGUAAUGUUUGCAGUUAAUGAAUUGUAUAUUACAUUAUACAGUUACAAGUGUGUAUUUUCUUUUUAGGGAUGGCAUGCAAUCAUUUUUAAUGUUGCUUGUUCCCUUCUGUUUAGCAUAGACAUUAUAUUCCUGUGUUUAUUUGUUGAAAAAAUAUGGGUAAACUUCACUGGGAAGUGUUUGGUUUUACAGUGCGACAGUAUUUAUUCAGUGUGUGUGGUUUGCCUGAUCUAAUUUAACCAGUUUAAUUUUCUGUAGAUGCUGAUAUGGUACACGUGUGUUCUGUGUAUCCACAGGUUUUGUGAACGUCAUUCAAUUAUUUCUAGGCAUGUGAUUGUUUGAAAUGUAACUGCCUUGUGCCAGCAGGAUAAAACAUAAAAAUUUGUUUGAAAUUUCAUCUUGGCAAGUAAUGAAAUUUGAAAAAUCUUGACCCUUUGCAGCUUAACAUGUGCCAGUAAUUAUGUUAACAUAUUAUUUAUAUAUAUUUAUAAAGAUUAUCAGUUGUAAAUUUUGCCCAAUUUCACUCCAUGUCAUUUAGUUAGAACUUAUGCAAUACCCCAGAAAAUGAACCACGUAUUAAAUGCUUACGUCAAAUUUUCCUAAAUUUAUAAUUUGAUGCAACUUGAAUCAGUUACAAGGAAACCAACAAACGGAAUAUUUUAACUGUUUAAUGGAAGGGAAAAGGAGACAUUCUUUUGGUUUGAAUUUUGUACACACGAUUACGUAUUGGUUUUCAUGUAAAUUUUACCUGGUAUAUGUUAUAAAGCAGGUUGAAUGUUAAGUUUUAAAUUAUAACUGUUUUGCACAUUUGCAUUACACUUGUGUGUUAGCUUACUAAUGUAAUAAUUUUUAAUUUGAAUUUGAAUUUCACAUUGUAUUAGAAAUUGGAAAUACGUGUUCUUUAGCUUUUCAUUAGACACCAAGUGCAGUGCUGUUUUUGGCGUGGAAAGUGUGAGAAGUAUAAAAUCUGCAACUGUUUAACUAAUAUUGUUUUAAAUAAAAAAAAUUGUGUGUUUAGCACUGUGUUUUACGUUGCAGUAUUUAGAAUGAAACUUAGCACAUUUUUCACACCUCAUUAAAAAAAUUAAAUGUUUGGUUGAUGAAAAAUAUGCAAAAGUUUAAAAGAAUAUAACUUUUGUGCAUUUUUUAUAUUACAAUUAGAAUUUUGAAUUCUUUAAGCAGUCAUAGGAUGUGUCAUUGUGGACAACUUUCCCGAACAGAUCAUUUGUAUCAAACAGUUCUGAAAAUUUUGGUGUUAAGUUGCCAGCCUUGCCUUGUGUGUUGACCAAGUGUGUUGCAUACAUUUUGUGAAUUUAAACCGAGUUAGCUGCUGCAUCCAUCAUUAAAUUUGAUUAGGUAAAAUGUCAGAAAGUUUGGCAAUUAAAUAAUUAUUGUAGUAAGUUUAUUUUAAUUACGUUCAACCUAGAAAUAUCUGAUGUUUUCAAUUGUUUAAUUUUAUGAAUGUGUAGACAGAUCAUUUUACAGAAAUCACAAAUAGUAUUAUUUUGUAAUUCUGUUUAAAAUUGGUUUUCAUCAAUUCAACGUGAUAUUUGUAGAUGUAGUUUUUCCUUCAGGAAGAACUUUGAUUCCCUUCCAUGGAAAUUUUGUUGAAAUGUUAUGAAUGUUAAAAAUAAUAUUAAUAUUUUAUGCUUUAUUCAGGAACUCAAGGGUGUUCCAGUGGUCCAAAAAACGUCCCCACUUCCGAAUGACUUCAAACUGAUACAUCACUCAAAAUAGCAUAAAAACUAAUCACUAAACACCCUAAGAGCACUGUAUAAGACUCUGGGUCUCGCCGCUGAGCGCUCAGUCGCCUGAGGGCCUUCGAAGGGGGAGGUUGUGUUACUUGGCUUCUGAACAGCGGGAGGUCGACGCGCGUAAGAAUGUCGCCCCUGUCGCUCCAAGCGGGGGUUUAGCUAACUGUUUGUAGGCUGGCAGCAGGUAGGACGGAGGGGGCAGAAGAAACAGAUGGGAUAUCACAACCAGAACUCACUCCUCGCCGGGUCGUAUUCGCCUGGUGUCGUAUUCCCCUGGUGUCUGCCAGGCUUUUUGUGCCAGCACGAAGCGUAGCUUCACGUGUUCAUGCUAAGCAACGGUGUACUUUCACAGCGAAUAAUAUGGCUGCCAUUUAAUAUCCUUUCUCGAUUAUAUUUCUUGUUGCUUCAUACACAUGCCGAUACUUAUAUAUAUCUAUCACAUGUACUCAGUCAUACGCAUAAAAAUAACUUAUAUCGGUGUAAACUCUCUUAGAUUUUUGUCUGUAUUCAACGUUAAAGUAUAUCAAUAUGUUUCUAGAUUGAACAAUGAUUGCGGAAACAAAUUUUAUAGUUCUCAAAUAUUUUGGUAUAAGGUAUUGCAUUCUAUAACUCAGACACAAUGCAUAUGCAGUGCAUAUUUCUUUAAAGACUGGCGUAUUUAUCUAAAAAGACACAGUAGAUCAAACCGUUCCAUUAUAUUGUCACGUCUCACUUUCAGAGGGGGGAGAGAAUCGUAGCUCUUUACAUAGAAACAACUCGCUUGGCAUCAAAUAGUCUUAACUUCAUAAAAUACUUUACUGUACCUAGGAUCAUAGGUUCGUCAUCCCGUACAGGAUGUCUGGUGAGAGCUGAACUAAGGAGAUUUUGCAAAAUAACAUAAUACUAAAUUAAAAUUAUUUUAUUCUUAACGUCAAAUAAUCAACAUCAUUCUUGACGAACAUUUACACAUCGGGAUAAAAUUUAAAACAAUACUCUUCUUUACUUCCUUAACGAUUGAACGACCUUACAAGAGAGAGAAUGAGAGAACUUCACUAAACACUUCCCUAGUCCUUCCGAAUACCUCAAAUCAUAAUUAAUACUUAAAAUUAAAACAAAGAUAAGUCCAUACUCACAUUUUCCGAAAAGCCUUUCUUGAUCGAUUACUUAAAACUAACGUAGGGGCCUCUCCUGCCCUUAAAAUCCGAACGAACAUUACAUUUUAAAAAUUAUAACUACACGACUAGUGACGAGGGCCAUUGCCUCCGCCCGAAAGCUUGAAGAUGACUACAUUAUGACCUAACUUAAACUACAUUACGAAUUAAACGACUCGUGGCCUCUGGCGUCGGCCAUAGCUUCCGCCAGAGUGAGCCUGAAUUCCUACAUCACGAACGAACUAACAACUCGUGGCCACAGGGGAGACGCAUAGCCUCCGCCUGAGUGAGCCCCGAGUCACCAAUCACUUGCGCUUAAAUUCGCGCGCCCUGCCGCGCCUAGCAUAACACCCGCUCGUUAUUGAAGCCAAAUUUACUAAACAACUAACUAGAACAUCUGGGAAGACUACCCCCCUCUACCCCGAUGUGCAGGCCACACCGCGCGGCUUGUUACGACAGCGCGCCCCAGUAACUGCGGCCCGUGGCUGCGCCAGCGCGCGGCCAAACAAACAAACAAAAUUCUGCAAGUCCGCAGCGCGCCGCGCCGGCCCCGUGCCCCAAUUACAUGGUUACGCCACUUGCGCUGUCGAGUGAACAGAGCAGCCAGCCCAGAGUCCCGUCAGUUAAGUCCCUAAAUUUGAUUUCAACAACCCUGCAAAAUUUCGAACCGCGACAUAACCCACCCCUCACAGAGCUCGAGCCCCAUCGAGCUACCUCAAAAUUACAAAUUGUCUUUUUCCAUUAAACCAUAACUAUAAAUUCCUCAUUUCACAAAAAUAAUAAUUUUCUUAGUUCCUUGCUGUCUGAACAUACAUCUAGAUUCUGCAUAAGAUUUAUUUUAAAACAACAAGUAUUCAUAAAAUUAAAAUGUAAAACUUUUAUCUGGUUUGUUCUCACAGGAACCUUCAGAGGCUCGAGUUCUCAAUUCUAAAAAAAAUUGUUCUGUUAGUGAAGCUCUCUUUACAAAUUAAAUUACUGUUCUUAGUUUCUCAGUAUUCGUUAAACAAUGUGCAAAUUCUUGAUAAUUAUUAUUAUUAUUUUUUUUUCCAGUUUCCGUUUAUUACCAUACUUCUUUCGUUCUUCAAAAAAAAUUAAGUGUCCUUACAGUGUUUCAAUUAAUUAAACUCUUAUCUCGUGAAGGUUGGUGCAACUCCUCGAAGUCAGUGUUGUCGAGAAGAGUAGCUCCCUGGGCUGGCCAUCAGCAAACACCACUCAACUCCAACAGCUACUGGACUGGCUUCCAGGGCAGCUCACAACUUCUCCCCACAUCUGCUUCGGAGUUGUGCCAUCCUCAUCACGAACAGAUUACAAUUCUGAAACAUCAUCAACAGGCAUUACCAUCACGCCUGACAAAUACAAAACUAACUACUAAACUGCAAUCGAUGGGCAAGGAUGCAAACACACAAAAAAAUAAAAUUAAUUAAUUCAACUGCUAACAUAAAGUAUCCCACCCUUAGCAUAAUCUAAUCAGGCAAAUAAUUUGAUAGGAAAAACUUAAGGAAGGGAAACAUGACCUCCAAUGAUUUUCCCUAACUCUUGAGUCUUGAUCUUCUCUAUACAGCAAAUAGUCCCCACGAAGUAACUGGGUUGAAGGUCACUUCACAUGACCCACCCAUAACCUCUUCUACUCUUCUUUUCUUCUGGGGGCAACCACAAUGCCCACCAAUCUCUCUCCAUGGUGCCGAACCAGCUAUCCCAUGAGAGUAAACAACGUAGUCAAUAGAAGCGCAGAGGGGAAACACCAAUCUCUGGCUUGUCGAGUCAUAAAACUGCUUUAUCUUCUUCUUCUUCUUCUUCUUCUUCUGAGUAAAACAUCUGAUUAAUCUUGCUACUAUUCUCCCCAACAAUAAAAAAAAAGUUCAUCAGGUAUCUUCAUGAAAAAACAUUCUAACUAAUAAUAAGUCUUCUUUUUCUUCUUUUUUUUCUGUUAGAUCUAAUAGAAGGCCAUGUUAGGGAGGUUAUAGGGAAAAAGAGUGGCCAAUUCCCACCCCAUCACCCACCUAGAUCAUGACUAAUUAACUUUUGAACUUUCUAUUUCAAACAAAUUAAAAAAACCAUUUUUUUUAUUCAAACUUUUAAAUUAGAAUUACUUUUACUUCAUAACCUCAAAAGCUAAUCAAUAAUUCUAAAUGAAAUUGUGAUUUACUGCAUCCUUGUUCCAUCCGAUCUGUUUGUUUAUAACCUUUCUUGUAAAGUAUAAAAUUUUCAAACAUUACUAAUUCAAAAAAAAGUAAAUUCUGGUGUCCUUCGAGUUACAAUUAAAUUUACUAUUUCUUAGCUUGAAAUAAUUUAAGUUUUCAGAACUAUUUCAUUGUCUAAUUCACAACACUUAAAAAUCAACUCAAAACAACAAAUCAUCAAAAUCAAUAAGAUCAUCUGACCUACCUAUCAGUACUGUGAACUUGAACUGUACGUACACAUUUAUAAUAAACUAUUAUCUUUAAAUUCCAACCUAAAUAAGGUUUUAAAAAAACUACUAAUCCCUCUGUAAAUUAAGAACAUUAAUUUUAAAAAUUAAACUUAGUGUAUUAGUUCUUUUUGACAUUAUAACUUAAAAAGUUCUAUAAAGAAUGUUUAUAACAAAAAAACUCCAGUUACUGUCCUCCAAAAAAAAUAAAA